AAAAAUAGUAGUAAUAGCGUAGCAAACCGCAAGCAACAAGCUAAGAGUUUGCAGUAGUUCCAAGGCAAAUUUAAAUUUUUUUAAACAUAAGGGAUCUAGUAUUUCGUAUAAAAAAAUCGACACAUACAACUUCACUUGCACGAUUCCAAACUGGUAUAGCUCUUCAUGUCUUUCACUGUUCUGCAACGGUUUCGCGAAUAUUAUCUUCCAUAAUCACGGUUAAUAUUUUAUUUCUGAUAAUACGGGCACAAAGGCAGCACUAAUCCGGCUGGGGCAAUAUUCAUUAAUAUCUAUUUGGUAUGCAGGUUCUAUCCCCAGAAUGGUCUGCUUUCGUGAUAGUUACAAUACUCAUGUUCAUCAGGGAAGCCAAAUGGAGAGAAAGGGAGACUGAGAACGACGGUUAGGCAGGCCAGUUUUGAACAGAGGUCAAAAGAUUUCCGUCCAUGGAUUCUCUCAGCAAGUUGAAAAGGACAAUCAAUUCGCCGAAGAAAACUCGGGCCACCCACGGCUGAGUGCCUGCACAAUCACAAGUCAAAACCGACGCACGCCGCGCCGCGCCGUCCCAGGCAACACUACCGUCCCAUCGUCUCCCUCCCACCUCCCUUCCCUUCUUCCCUCCAUUGUUGCUACCGGUGCAAGCUACCAGGCGAGUCCAGCUUCCCGUGCCAUAUGGCCUAGCUGUUGUGAAGGUCCUGAAAAGACCGAGCAAGAAGCCUCUUCUUCCCCGCCCAGCGUCGUCACUGUGCUGCAUCCUUGCUUCUAUGGAGCAUUUCUUGAUGCAACGCACCACCACAUGGCCAUGCCGUUUCUCCCUGUGCUUGUCUGUCUUGGUACUGCUGCUCUUCCUGUCUCCAGUCGACUCCCUGAACCAGAGCUCCAGCUCCUGCGACCCGGGUGAUCUUAAAGCCCUGGAGGGCUUCUACAAAGGCCUCGACCGGGGCAUCGCUGGCUGGACGUUCCCAAACGGCACCUCCGACGCGGCCAGCUGCUGUGCAUGGCUCGGUGUCACGUGCGAUGGCAGCGGGAAGGUCAUCGGGUUGGACCUCCAUGGCCGGAGGCUGAGGGGCCAGCUGCCGCUCUCGCUCACGCAGCUGGACCAGCUCCAGUGGCUCAACCUCUCCGACAACAACUUCGGUGGUGCCGUCCCCGCGCCUCUGUUCCAGCUCCAGAGGCUGCAGCAGCUCGACCUCAGCUACAACGAGCUUGCUGGCAUACUCCCAGACAACAUGUCUCUCCCAUUGGUCGAGCUCUUCAAUAUAUCCUACAACAACUUCAGUGGCUCCCACCCCACGCUCCGUGGUUCAGAGCGUCUCAUCGUGUUUGAUGCAGGGUACAACUCCUUUGCCGGGCAGAUUGAUACAAGCAUCUGUGAAUCGUCUGGUGAAAUCAGUGUGCUGCGAUUCUCAUCCAAUCUCUUUACUGGGGACUUCCCAGCGGGCUUCGGGAACUGCACAAAGCUCGAGGAGCUGUAUGUGGAACUCAACAUCAUCUCCAGGAGAUUGCCAGAAGACCUAUUCAGGCUGCCAUCUCUGAAGAUCCUGUCUCUGCAAGAGAAUCAACUCUCUGGGGGGAUGAGCCCAAGGUUCGGUAACCUGUCCAACCUUGAUAGGCUGGACAUAUCUUUCAAUUCAUUCUCUGGGCACAUUCCCAAUGUUUUUGGUAGCCUCCGCAAGUUGGAGUUCUUCUCUGCACAGUCCAACCUCUUCAGGGGUCCAUUGCCUCCCUCGCUGUGCCAUUCACCGUCACUGAAGAUGCUGUACCUGAGGAACAAUUCGUUGAAUGGAGAGAUCAACCUCAAUUGCUCAGCAAUGACACAACUUAGCUCACUCGACCUUGGCACAAAUAAGUUCAUUGGCACAAUCUAUAGUUUGUCGGAUUGCCGUAAUCUGAAAAGCCUGAACCUUGCCACAAACAACCUCAGUGGUGAAAUCCCUGCUGGUUUCAGGAAGCUUCAGUCGCUAACCUACCUCUCACUUUCAAACAAUAGCUUCACGGAUAUGCCUUCAGCAUUAUCUGUCCUUCAGGACUGUCCAAGUCUAACAAGCCUCGUGCUCACAAAGAACUUCCAUGAUCAGAAGGCCUUGCCGAUGACUGGGAUACAAGGUUUUCACAGCAUCCAAGUGUUUGUCAUUGCAAAUAGCCAUCUUUCAGGACCGGUACCACCAUGGCUAGCUAAUUUCACACAAUUGAAGGUUCUAGAUCUGUCAUGGAAUCAAUUGACCGGGAAUAUUCCUGCAUGUAUUGGUGAUCUUGAGUUUCUGUUCUAUUUGGAUCUAUCCAAUAAUUCACUUAGUGGAGAAAUUCCAGAAAACUUGUCUAACAUGAAGGCCCUUGUAACAAGAAAGAUCUCACAGGAAUCUACAGAGACUGAUUAUUUUCCUUUCUUCAUCAAAAGAAACAAGACAGGAAAAGGGUUGCAGUACAAUCAGGUUAGCAGCUUCCCACCCUCCCUAGUUCUCAGCCAUAACAAGCUGACAGGCCCCAUAUUAUCGGGCUUUGGGAUCCUCAAGCACCUACAUGUAUUGGACCUCAGCAACAACAAUAUUUCUGGUACAAUUCCUGAUGAUCUAUCAGGGAUGUCAAGCUUGGAAUCCUUGGAUCUGUCACAUAAUAAUCUUACUGGAGGCAUCCCAUAUUCAUUAACGAAGCUGAAUUUUCUAUCAAGCUUCAGUGUAGCAUACAACAAUCUGAAUGGUACCAUUCCAUCAGGAGGUCAAUUCUCGACAUUCAGUAGUUCUGCUUAUGAGGGUAACCCCAAACUCUGUGGCAUUCGCCUAGGCCUACCCCGGUGUCAUUCAACUCCUGCUCCUACAAUUGCUGCAACAAAUAAGAGGAAGAACAAGGGCAUCAUAUUUGGAAUAGCUAUGGGUAUUGCAGUUGGGGCAGCAUUUAUUUUAUCUAUUGCUGUUAUAUUUGUGCUGAAGAGUAGCUUCAACAAGCAGGAUCAUACAGUAAAGGCUGUCAAAGAUACUAAUCAAGCCCUCGAGUUGGCACCAGCCUCACUGGUACUACUGUUUCAGGACAAGGCUGAUAAGGCAUUGACCAUCGCUGACAUUUUGAAAUCGACAAACAACUUUGAUCAGGCUAACAUCAUCGGUUGUGGUGGCUUUGGUCUAGUGUACAAGGCAACAUUGCAAGAUGGAGCAGCAAUCGCUAUCAAACGACUAUCAGGUGAUUUUGGUCAGAUGGAACGGGAGUUCAAAGCAGAAGUGGAGACGUUAUCAAAAGCUCAGCAUCCCAAUCUUGUGCUUCUGCAAGGUUACUGCAGAAUUGGCAGUGAUAGACUCCUGAUCUACUCUUUCAUGGAAAAUGGCAGCCUAGACCAUUGGCUUCAUGAAAAGCCAGAUGGUCCCUCUAGAUUAAUCUGGCCAAGAAGGCUUCAGAUAGCAAAAGGAGCAGCAAGAGGUUUGGCAUACCUACAUCUGUCAUGCCAACCUCAUAUUCUCCAUCGUGAUGUCAAGUCAAGUAACAUCCUUCUAGAUGAGAAUUUUGAAGCCCAUUUGGCUGAUUUUGGGCUUGCUCGGCUUAUUUGUCCCUAUGCCACACAUGUGACCACUGACCUAGUUGGCACACUGGGUUAUAUUCCCCCUGAGUACGGCCAGUCUUCAGUAGCCACUUUCAAGGGUGAUGUUUAUAGUUUUGGCAUUGUCCUUCUGGAGUUAUUAACUGGAAAGAGGCCUGUAGACAUGUGCAAGCCGAAGGGAGCACGGGAGUUAGUCUCAUGGGUUACACAUAUGAAAAAGGAAAACCGUGAAGCUGAUGUCUUGGACCGUGCAAUGUAUGAUAAGAAAUUUGAGACGCAAAUGAUACAGAUGAUUGAUGUUGCUUGUCUGUGCAUAAGUGAUUCACCAAAACUGCGGCCAUUAACACAUCAGUUAGUGCUAUGGCUUGACAACAUUGGUGUGACCAGUGAUGCACCAAAGUGAGGCAAGUUCAACGACAGCGGCCAUUGGGGAAAUCCUUGUGUUUAAUUGAUCCUCUCUCGGAUGAAUGUUCUUCUCUAGUGAGAAAUGUAAGAUAAUGCAUGAUGAUUGUAUAUUCAAUAAUGCAUGCUUCAUGAGAGUCUAACUUGCUAAUUAAGAAUAGAAAAGAAACUCUGUUAUUUUGCAUGCAGUAGUUACAAUUUUCGGGUGGUUUAUGGAAGUUUUGCUUCUUUCUUGACCUUGGUGUGAAUAUCAUGUAUAUAGUUACAGGGAAUUUUCUAAAUAAAGGAAUAAUUAAGUA